AUGUUCCGCAAAGCCUCUGGAGGAACCGGAUUCUCUUGGAAUCGUCUCAUCACCAACGCCAUCCCUAAUUUCGCCAACGACAAUCCCAGUCGUGAUGCCGACCUGACACCCACCGAGAAGGACAUCCUCUGGACAUACCAGAUCUCAGGCGCCCAAACAGGUGAAAGGUCACCCAUGACAUUGGAUGCCGGUAGUGCAUUGAAAGCCGGCAUUACGACCUCGGACAAAAUCUCCGCCCGCAUCCACAAAGCACUAGUCAAAAACGGGAUUCUCGACCCAACUAAUCCGCUCGGCAUCGAUACUACGCGCGUCACGCCCAAGUUUGCGCACCAGCUGUCCUUCAUCAGUGUCGCUGGUCAGCGAAAGACGAUUGGGAUGCUGUUUUUCUGGGAAGAAGAGGUGAUUCGAUGGAGACUGCUGGAUCAGGAAGAGGCUGAGAUCAACUCCGCCAUGGAGGCGGAGGGGGUUUCGGAGCAGGCGAAAGCGGAGUUGAGAGUCAGGCUGGAGAGUACUAGAAUGAGAAGGGCUAUGAGACCGAGUGAACGACCUGUGGAGGUGGAGGGCGGUGAUGGGAAUGCUCAGCAAGAACAGGCGGAAGGUCCACCACAGUAUGCAUAG